AUGGAUGUUUUAAGAGAUCACGCGGAGGCCAUCAUCCUGAACCCGGAUCUCGCACCCAUCCUCGCUAUCCUCAAAGCUGCUCGAAAUGGCGCUGUCUACGGUGCCAAAGUCCGAUUUCCUCACGCCCUAGUCAUGGUUGUACUAUUCCGGAAAGGAACCUGGAAAGAGAAAAUUCGCCUGGUGUUGAAGGCCACAAAACAGCAUGCAAGCAACCUUGCUAGGUUCGCCGUGGUUUAUAAAACAUCAAUGUUGAUCCUACGCCUACUCAACCCUAGUCGGCCUGGAAAAGAAGGCCCAUAUGAUGCAUUCUUCGCUGGAUUGCUGGGCGGAUACCUUGUCUUUGGCAGCGCAAAACAAGGCGGAGUCAAUCAACAAAUAGUCAUAUACGUCUUCGCUCGAGUCAUUCUGGCUUUGGCACGACUGAGCAUCGAGGCGCCUACCAUGACAAGUACGACGCCCACACCAACACUCUUUACCCAAAGACUCUCGCCUGAGACCAAGGCCAUGAUCGAAAGAAAUGCCUGGCCUGCCUUUGCAAGUCUGAGCUGGGCUUUUGUCAUGUACAUUUUCCGGUGGCAACCAGAAAGCAUCCAGCCCAGCCUAAGGAGUAGUAUGAAAUACAUAUACGUGAACUCGGAUUAUUGGGAUUCAAUGCGAAAUUUCCUGCUUUAUAACACCUAA